AUGUUAAAAGCUGUGAGUCCCAGAACAUUAAAAGCCAGUAUUUUGCCCACAGUGGUGAGAAGCUCUUCGCCUAUAGUAUCGAAGAUUGCCGCAUCUCACCGUUUAUUGGCAGUCUCACGUUCAUACUCAGCAGCUGCAGAAAGCAAGCCUGCUGCUAAAGGUAACCAGCCGCCAAGACCAAACGGAAAGGUAUUGCUAGUGCUAGCUGCUCUAGCCAUUGGUUCGACCGUCGUUUCGCUAUCUUAUCAAAAGAACGACCCAGCAGAAUUCCUUGAAGAAGCUCCAACCGGUGGUGAUUCGAAAGAAACAACUAAACCUGCUUUCUCUCCUGACCAAGUUUCUGUUGUCUUCGUCCUUGGGGGUCCUGGUGCUGGUAAAGGUACCCAAUGUGCAAAACUAGUUAAGGACUACCAAUUUGUGCAUCUGUCUGCUGGAGACCUAUUACGUGCAGAGAGAAAUCGUGAGGGAUCCAAGUAUGGUGAGAUGAUCAGUCACUAUAUCAAGGAAGGGUUGAUUGUGCCACAGGAGGUGACUGUUGAACUGCUAAAGCAGGCCAUCCGUGAAAACUAUGAAAAGGGCAAGACGAAGUUCCUGGUCGAUGGUUUCCCAAGGAAAAUGGACCAAGCAGUUACGUUUGAGAAACAAAUCGUUCCAAGCAAAUUCACUUUGUUCUUCGAUUGUCCCGAGAGAGUUAUGCUUGAAAGAUUAAUCGAGCGUGGUAAGACCAGUGGCAGAGACGAUGACAAUAUUGAGUCGAUUAAAAAAAGAUUCAAGACUUUCGUCGACACUAGUAUGCCAGUGGUUGACUAUUUCAAUCAGCAAUCGAAGGUUGUGAAGCUAAGCUGUGACCACUCAGUCGAUGAGGUGUAUAAGCAGGUUCAAGAGGCUGUCGAGGGUAGACUUGGGAAAUGA